AAGCCAUCUUUUAUCCAGACGGUAAUCUUACAUUCUACAUGACUCUGGAGCGAAGCUUCAUCUGAAUGUUGUUUGCAUGACCCCAGAGUACAAACUGUUUCCACAUAUUUUGUCUGCGGCUCGCGAACAAAACAAUACGUAUCGUUAAAACCACAUCAGUUGCACUAGUUGCUUUUCAGUACCUAUCUUUUCGCACAGCCGCAAGAAUGAAUAACUGGCUUUAUAUCGCUCUGAACCUUUUUGCCAUCUUACACGUGCUUCUUGCAGCCCCGUCGAACAACAUACGGAAGAGAAUCACUCUAGAAGAUCGGUAUGACUACAUCGUCCUUGGAAGUGAUCACGUGGCGCGCAGCUUGGGCUCUCACCUGGCCAGAACCUACUAUUCGAAGUCUGUCCUGGUUUUGCAAUCGAAUCAAUGCGAUCAGAUUUUGGAACCGGCUCAAGUGCCACAUGCGUUUGGAUUGCGAAUCUCCGAUACGUUUGCCGAGUGCAGCCAUCUGAUGGGAUACGAGUUUACGGAUCCACUUCGCCAGGGACAAAGGGUCGGCAUUGGCUACAAGAACCGGACCCGCAGUUUGGAUACAGGGCAACAAACACUUUGGGCCAUCGAUCCUAAUCUGGUGCUGCUGAGUGGAGCGACAAUUGCACGUUUGCUGUAUAAUAACGCUGCUUCUUCGGUACAUGGAGUCGAGCUGGAUUUUGAUGGCUCGAAGCAAUGCAUUUUUGCAGAAAAUGAGGUUUUUAUUGCUGGUAGAUGUUUGAAUGAUUACCGUCACUUGAGUAGAGGAUCGAUGAUAACUGAAAUGGCAUUGGAGAGUUUGCGCAAAUUGCCAUUGGAAGUCAGUUUGGGCAGCCCUGUCAUGGUGCCAAUAUUCUAUACGAAAACUAACAUGAGUCUGAAGGACAGCCCAACAUUGCUGGGGACGGAAAUGUAUUUGAAAACACCAGGAAGUGAUGACGAAGAUCGCAUGAAACCAAACGCUAGACUCAGGGUAGUCAUGGGGAAUGCUAACCUGGAUGGAUUUGUGUGGGUUGGAUUUGUCCCGUCGUUAAUUUGGGACGAUCCAUCUUAUAGCCCCGGCCACGAGGAAACGGUUAAGAUUUUGCAACAUGUUUUGAAAACGGCCAUUGCCAUUACGGAGUGUGAUGCAUUUAGACGACUGAAUAUGAUGAUGUUGGACCAAAGAAUUUCCGAAUGUGUAAAGUUCGUAGGUACUGGGCAUUACUGGACUUGCUAUUUGGAUGUUAAGCUGAGGCGGUUCAGAUUGUCGAAUUCCACCGGGAACUACAAAUCAACAAUCUUCGAGAAUGACUUUCGACUGAAAGGUGUAAAAUCUUUGCGUUUGCUACCAUUUGGACUGACUGCGCCGUUUUUAGAUCGCCAGUGGAGAAAACUCUUUCCUGAACAUGUUUGAUUAUAGUUUGAAAAAUAAAACAACUACCUACGCACGGCUUGUUGACCCAAAGAGUGGUCAUACCGUAAACUGAGUACAUAGCUUAUUGACACUUGUUAUACACUACACAGAGACUGUUAUAAUCAAGAUAAACAAUUUAACAUUUAAACAGUAAAAGUAGUAUAUAAUUGUAGACAAAAAAUAAACAAUAUUUUUAUUGUUUUGUGUUUAAA